AUGCAAGGGAAUCGAAGCACAAGGGAUCAUGAUCAACGAAGAAGUGGUGGCGACGUUUCAGCCACAGCAAGGCAUGUCUCGCUCUUAUCUUCAUGCCCCGAAAUGGUUGCUGUUCUGUCGGUCUUGAAGCUUGCCCCGGGGAAGAUACCUGCAGCGAUUGCCUCCCUGGCGAAAACGGUUUUAUCUGCACCGGGAGUUGCGAAAGUUGCUGCUAAGAAAUCGGCGAGAGGAUGCGAGGAUGCGGCGGAUGCCUGUGCGGCGGAUAGAGAGUGUCAGGAAUGCCGCCUUGAAGCCACCAGCGAGGAGCAGUUGGAGUGGGAGUCGUGCCUCGCAAGCUACGAAUACGCGGCCACGUGUUCGGCGGUUUCGGCGACGUCGUGCUGCUUCGACGUGCUGUCUCCAAACGACUGCCUGGCAAACCCAAAGUUCGUUUCGUACUCGGAGUGUAUCGUCCAGGCUACCAGCGAGCAGGCCUGCUCAAGCCUGUCUUGCAGGCACACGGAGACAACGACCACCUCCACCUCCGAAACGAGUGCUGUGGGAAGCGGGAAGCGGCCGGCGUCCAUUGGCCGAGCGGCAACGUUGGUGGCUGCUUUCUUCGCGCUCGUGGGAGAGGACCUCGUGGCGUUUGGCAUGAAAGAGGAGAAGGAGGGGGGGAGAUGGAAAGAGAGCGCCAAGGACCAGGAGGCGUGGUACGACAAGAUCGAGGACGGGGCGGCAUGGUUCAUGAGGAAAUGGCACAGACAGGAGGCGGAAGCAUCCGCGAAGCGCCAGCGCCAGCGCGCGGAGGAAGCAGAGACGGAGAGUACGGCCGCCCCGGGCCCGAAGAGAAAGAGAAUCGGGGAAGCGGCGGGGGGGGG